AUGUCUCCGUCCCCCUCCACCCUCCUCUGUCUUGGGCUGUGUCUGGGGCAGGUUCGAGCGCAGAGCGGGACCCUCCCCAAGCCCUCCUUGCAGGCGGUGCCCAGCUCCCUGGUGCCCCUGGAGAAGCCAGUGACCAUCCGGUGCCAGGGGCCCCCAGGCGUGGACCUGUACCGCCUGGAGAAGCUGAGUUCCGACAAGUACGAGGACCAGGCCUUCCUCUCCAUCCCCGCCAUGAGGAGAGAGCACGCCGGCCGCUACCGCUGCUCCUAUCAGAACGGGAGCCUCUGGUCCCCAGCCAGCGACCAGCUGGAGCUGGUGGCCACUGGAGUUUAUGCCAAGCCCUCGCUCUCAGCCCAGCCUGGCCCAGCAGUGUCUCCAGGAGGGGAUGUGACCCUACAGUGUCAGACUCCAUAUAGCUUUGACCAGUUUGCUCUGUACAAGGAGGGAGACCCUGGACCCUACAAGAGACCUGAAAGAUGGUACCGGGCCAGUUUUCCCCUCAUCACUGUGACUGCUGCCCACAGUGGAACCUACCGAUGCUACAGUUUUACCAGCUCGGACCCGUACUCGUGGUCAGCCCCCAGCGACCCCCUAAAGCUCGUGGUCACAGGACCCUCAGUGACCCCUAGUCAGUUACCAACAGAACAUGGACAUACCCCAUUCCCUUUCUCCUCUCUAAGCCUCUGGGGAAUGGAACAACUCACUCACAAAGACAGUCUCCACCGCCGAGAGACCUCCACAUGCUGUGUCCAGGGCUCGGGUAGGGGGAGGACAGAGCAUGUGGUGGAGGUGGGUGUGAUGUUGGGGAACAGGAGCAUCCUGGGUAGUGUGGCCUUUCCAAGGAUAGCAGAGCCAAGGCCAUGGUGGGAAGACCACCGCAUCUCCAUGCACUGCCCUGUCAGCUUCUCAGAGACUUCUAGGAUUAUCACCACCUCUAGUCCAGAGAAACCCAGCUCCCCAACCGUGCCUGCCCGGCUGCAGUAUGCCAAGGGCAACCUGGCCCAGAUAUGUCUUGGUGCUGUGAUCCUAAUGCUCCUGGUGGGGUUCCUGGCAGAGGAUUGGCACAGCCGGAGGAGACCCCUGCUGCACAGGGUCCGCGCUGUGCAGAGGCCACUGCCGUCCCUCCCCCAGAUCCAGAAAUCACACAGCUUGAGCAAUCUGUACCUGGGUAAUCAUAAACUUAAAAUUCCGUCUCCUGUUCACAGAUCUUGUUUCCAGAUUUAUAGAGGAGCAGAGCCCAAAAUUCCAUGUCUUAGUAGCAUUGUGGCUGUGCUGAAGGGCCCGUAUAUUUACAGGAACAAAGAUGUUGAUCAACAGGUUGGAGAUCCAGCAGAGAAAGCAGGAGAAGCCAACAUUCUUCAAAGUUGCAUCUUUGAGCUUCCUCCACCCCCCAGUUCUAGGGCUGAUGGUGAUGGCCUGAAAACUGCUCAAGUGGCAAGUAGAGCAGAGAGAAAGGCCCCGGGCCAUUCUGUGAAAAUAAGUGACAAGUUUACACCCCAUAUUUCCCAGGGUGUGUGUCACUCCCCAGAUAAAUAUCAUCUGAGGGAUCCCCUUGAAGAGAAGAAAGAAGAAGUUGGCCGCAGCCAGGUUGGUGAGGAUCAGGUGUGCGGGCCUGGGUGUCCGGCCGGUGCAGGUGAUGAAGGUGUAGGAGAAGAGAAGAAAGGUGUUCCCCAGGACCCCAGUCCCAGUCUGGACCACAAACAGUAG